AUGACCGCCAGCCCCUGCUGUGCCGUCCCUGGGGGCACCAACGUCACCCUGUCGUGCCAGCUGGCAGCCCCACGGGCACGGGGCUGGUGCUGGGCAGCGAUUUUCCUCAACAGCUCCGAGCAAACCCGAGCCUGGGGGGCCUCAGUGAGCAAAACCUUCCUGGUCACUGCCCACGGCAGGCACUACUUCACCUGCAAGUGCAUCUGUGGGGACAGGACAAUGCUCAUCUGUGGCAUCGACAUCCACUGUGGGAACCCUCCAGAUGAGCCCAGGAAUGUGUCCUGUAUCCAGAAGGGGACACAGGGACGUCCCACCUGCACCUGGCACAAGGGCAGGCUCACCUACCUCCCCACUGCCUAUGGGAUAGAGCUCUCCAACGGCACCGACGCCUUUUCCUUUCCAGAAGAAGCUCCCAGUCAGGUGUCGUUUGGCUCUGGGGCUCUGAGCAAGCUGGAUUUUGACUCCAAUUACACCGUGGUGGUUUCUGCCUCCAAUCCAUUGGGAAAUGCCUCUUCCCAGCCAUUCACCUUCAUGCUGAUAGACAUAGUGAAGCCACUCCCUCCCGAGUUUUCGGUGGAAUUUGAUGAUUCCUCAGCCACCAGCUGCACCAUCGUGUGGCACCACGAGGCACAGGCACGGCACUGCAGGCUGAGGCACCGUCCCCUCGGCAGGCACGGCUGGAGCACGGUCAAGAGCCUCAGCAGGGAGAAAUUCCAUCUGCAGGGGCUGGAGCCCGACACAGCCCACGAGUUCCAGGUGAGCUGCAGGAUGCUGCCGGGCCGGGGGCUGUGGAGUGACUGGAGCAGCAGCCAGGGCAGCACCCCAGCAGCAGUGCCAACGGGGACCCUGGAUGUGUGGUACCGGCAGCAGGAGCUGCACGCGGGGCUCCAGAACCUCUCCCUCUUCUGGAAGGCUCUGAGCAGGUGGGAGGCAGGAGGGAGAAUCCUGUGCUACAACGUGACCUUGGAAUCCCUGGAGCAGGGCAAGCUCCCGGCACAAUCCCACCGCACCACCCAGACCAGCUUCUCCAGGGUCACGCCCAGGGCGGGGCACAGGGUGACGGUGACCGCGCACAGCCCGCGGGGCAGCUCCGCCCCUGCCACCGUCCUGACCCACCUGGGCAGCCCAGAUCUGCCCCCUCCCCAGCGGGUCUGUGCCGUGGGCCUGGGGAACAGCAGCAUCCUGGUGAGCUGGAGCCCCCCUGCUGGAGCCGCCCUGCCCGUCGGGGGGUACCUGGUGGAGUGGGCAGAGCCCUGGAGGGAGCCACGCCUGCAGCCCCAGCACAGCUGGGUCAAGCUGCCCCCGUCCCACCUGUCCACUGUCAUAGCAGAGCACAUCAGAGAUAACGUCUGCUAUCAGAUCCACGUGUCUGCACUUUAUCAGGACAGAGCUGGGCAGGCAGCAUCAGUCAGGGGAAACUCCACAGCUCAAGCCCCAUCAGCUGGGCCCCAGAUGCUCACAACCCCCUGGGCCAGCGGUGUCCUGGUUUCCUGGGAGGAGAUCCCAGCCCCCCAGCAGAGGGGCUGCAUCACUGGCUACCACAUCUACCUGCACAGGAAGGAUGGGCAGGGCCAGCCCGAGGUCCAUGGUGCUGGGGGCUGGCUGACUCUGGUGCUCAUCUGCAGCUUCUUCAUCCUCUCAGCCUGCCUUUGUUCUGUGCCUCCAGCAAGGAGAGUGCUGCAGUGGCUCCUGUCCUUCCUCCUGCCGCAGUGGCAGAGCAAAGCCAUUCCCGACCCUGCCAACGCCACGUGGGCCAAGAGCUUAGCGGCUGCCAAGGCGGAGCUGAGCGCUCCCUCCAGCCCCUUCGUGCCCGGCGGCGCCUUCGAGGAGCCCGAAACGAGCCCGGUGGAGGAGACCCCGGCUCACCCCGAGCCCCCCAAGGCCGGGGACAAGGUGGAGGUGGGCAGCGCUGGCAGCAGGGGGCACGGCGACUGGGCAGCGGAGAGCUCGGCGGAGGAGCAGCAGCUCCCGGAGCUCUACCAGAGGCUGCUGCUGGAGGCGAUGGAGCCCCCGGAGCCCGCGGCCGAGUACAUCUCCAGCCCCGGCACCCUGGUCCCGGAGCCGGCCCCCGAGCCCGACCCCAGCCCCCUCUCCGUCUUCCCAACCUCUGCAUUCCUGCCUCCCGCCCUGUGCUGCCCAGGGAACCUGACUUUGGACCGAGUGAAACUCGGCGGCAGCUCCUGACCGAGGUAGGCAGGGGGCGAUGUGAGCCCGGCAAGAAU